AUGUGUUUUUAAUAGUUUUUGGACAACAAUGGAGCUCAAAGGCAUACAAGAAGAAGAUAUAUCUGUUAUAGUUUGAGAUUUUGUCAUUUCCUGUUUUAUUUUGUAGUGUGUUCCUGUCAUGGGCAGCUCACAGCAGCUCCCAGUUCCCGGACUCUCUGCUGGAUCGCAGCCGACCCCAGUCCCUGGACGCCCUGCUGGAUCGAAGCAGCCUCCUGGACUCCCUGCUGGUUCGCAGUCGCCUCCUUUCCCGGCUGGUUCACAGCAGCACCAACACCUUGUCGCCGCUGGAUUGCAGUCGCCUCCUUUCCCGGCUGGAUCACAGCAGCGGCCAUCUCUAGUCGCCGCUGGAUUGCAGCAGCAGCCAUCUCUAGUUGCCGCUCGAUCGCAGCCGCCUCCUGCCCCAUUUGGAUUGCAGCAGCAGCCAUCUCUAGUUGCCGCUCGAUCGCAGCCGCUUCCUGCCCCGGUUGGACCGCAGCACACCGCUAAACUCUCUGCUGGGUCGCAGCACUCCACUUAAUUCUUUGCUGGGUCGCAGCAGCAGCAGUACCCUCCUUCUCUGCCAGAGUGACAGGCUCCGGGUUCACGGGUAUCACUGGUUCUGCCAGCUCCCCUACCAGUCUCCCUCUCGCCGGCUCUCUGUCCUGCUGUCCGGUUGACGGCUCCCUGUCCUGCUUUCCCGUCGCUGGCUCCCUGUCCUGCUGUCCUGCUGUCCUGUCGCCGGGCCCUGAUCUGGUUCUCCAGCCUCCAGAGGGGUUCCGCCUUCACUGCCGGCCUCCAGAGGGGUUCCACCUUCGCCGCUGGCCUCCAGAAGGGUUCCACCUUUGCCGCAGGUCUGUAGAAGGUCUCUGCCUUCCCCACCGGCCUCCAGAAGGUCUCUGUCUUUGCCGCCGGUCUCCAGGGACUCUCAGUCUUUGCCGCUGGCCUCCAGUGACUAGCCAUCUUUGCUGCCGGCAUUCCGCCAGACAUCCAGAUGGUGUUGAUCUUCGUCGCAGACCUCAUGAGAUGAGCUCCGCACCUCUCCAGCCCCCAGGCCGUCCACCCGAGGUUCCCAGCUCCGCACAUGUCCAGCCCCCGGGCCGUCCACCCGAGGUUCCCAGCUGCACACAUUUCCAGCCCUCAGGCCAUCUGCCCGAAGUUUACCGCUUAGCUUUGAAUCCCUCCUCCGGACCCCCUCCACCCAUUCAGAUUCACGCUUUGCCGGUGAUCACCGUUCCUGUCUGUCCUCGGAUCCCCGAGACUCCCUUACUAUGCCAGCGGCCACGACAUUCUUGUCCUCCAACCAUCAGACUCCAGUACCAGGCUUCACGGGUCCACCGCCUGGCACGCCCAGCCUUCCACCACGCCAGCCAGCGAAGCGCCGCCAUCCAGUCUCCGACCCGGUUCAGUCGAGUCCACGGAACGGCCACAAACACCUCCCUUGACGAUCAGUACAAUAAAACUGUUCGAAACUUUAUCUGCUCUGUUCGUGUGUCCUGCUUUUGGGUUCCAAGCUUGGUCCUACGACAGGAUCAUUAACAACACUGCAAUACUUAAAAUAAUUGUGCAAUAUUCUCUGUUUAAUACUCCGGUGCAAUACACUCUGUUUUCAGUUUAAA